CAUUAUUUCGUCACCGUUGAUCCAUGGGCCUCGAAUUCGAGCUGCUGUCCGGUGAUCAGCUCCAGCCGAUCCGGACGGCCGCGGCGGCGGCGAGGGCUGCAACGACGACGCAGCCGGACGGCGACGUCGACGGGUGCGCCACGCCGACGUCCGCGGCUAACGUGCUGCUGGCGCCGUUGGUCUGCCCGCCGGCGCCGAGGAAGCCGAGGCCGCCGGCAAAGAGGAAACUGCAGCACCGACGCGGGCGCCGCUGCGGAUCGGCAGCACCGCCACCUGCGCCCGCGCUGUGGUUCAUCGCCGUGCCGCACGACGUCCUCGCCGCGGUGUUCGUCGCCCGGCCCGCCUCGGCGCGCCGUCCGCCGGCAGCCAAGAAGGUCCGCGUGCACGUCGUGGGCUGACGGACGGGAGCGUGCGUGCGUGCAUGGCAUGGUGCUUUCGU